AUGAGCCACCCUCAGGGGGUCCCAGGGGCUUCCCUUCAAUGGAACCACCGCCCCCACCCCAUUCCCAAGUCCAAACGCCUCCGGACCAAACGGGAACGUAACGCAGCCAAAUUUGGCCCAAAGGUCUCCCUGUGGGGGUCCCGGCGGGGUCCUGCCAUCCCCCCUCGCUGGCUGCAGCCUCCCCCGUGGGGAGGUCAUGCUUUGGGGAGUCCCCUGGGCCCCCCCAAACCCGUGGUGAUCACUCAGAACCGGCUGUGCCACCGGGGCCUCUUCAACCACGAGGUCAAAUCUCUCGAUGUCCGGCGCCUGCUGACCCCCGGCCCCUGCGGGGACGGCCCUGUCUCGACCCCCAACCCAACUGAGGAGGGAGAGGUUGGGGGGGUCCCGGCCGACGUGCUGAAGGAUCUGGUGGCGAGCCUGGCCUCACUGCUGGGGAGUUCUGGGGUGUUUUCGGGACGAGAGUUGGUGAGCGAGCGGCGCCGGAGCCUCGUGGCUAUGCUCAGGAGGCACCGACGGGGACCCCCAGACCUGGGGGUGUUCCUGGCCCAUCGCACCCCGGCCCAGCCCCCAGUGUUGUCUUCAGCAGGUCAGGGGACCCCCCGAACCUCCUGGCAAGAGGCGAGGCCAGGACCCCCAGGACGAGCCGUCAGUUUGGGGGGGUGGGAGGUGGGGGACCGCCCUGCCAGGACGCCCAGCCCACUUGGUGCUGUCGAUAUGCUGCCACCGCACCCCCGCACCCCCAGCCCCAUUUUUGGAGCCCCCAGAGAGCAGGAGGUAAGUCUGGAAUUUGGGAUGGGGAGGUCUGUGGGUCCCACCCUGUUUUUGGGGGUGUUUAUUGACACUCCUCCCCCUCACCCCCAGAACCCUUUUUCAUGGAGCUCAGCUGAGGAUGAGGAGGAUGAGACCCCUGGGGGGCUCACCCGGACCUGGGGUGGUCCCGGGGAAUUCCUGCCAGAACCUCCUCCCACCUUCUGGAGGUCCCGACAGCCCCCCCAGGAAGAGGAGGAGGAGGAGGGAGGGGAUGAAGGCUGGACCCCCAUCACACCCCCAGCCUUCAGUCCGGACCCUCCACCCUGGGAAUCCCCCAAACCCAGGGCCACCUGUGGACCCCCCCGUGGCCCCAGACCCCCUCGAGCCCCCAAAAUCUGGAGAACUGAAGCCUCUUGGGACCCUCUGGAUCCCUCCAGCCUUCUCUGGGAACUCCCAGAAUCCUCCCGACCUCCCUUGACCCCCCCCAGACUCUCUCGGGCCCCUCAAAUCUGGAGCCUGGAGCCCUGCAAGGCCUCCCCAGACCCCCUCAGACCCCUCUGGGACCUGCCCAACACCUCCAGAACCCUGUGGGACCCCAGACCAUGGAGCCCGGGGCUGCCCAAGGCUGCCCUGGGCCACCCCAGACCCCCCCGGACUCCACAACUCUGGAACCCGGAGCCCCCCAGAGCUCCACUGGCUGCCCCGAGACCUCUGUGGGACCCCCCAGGUGCCCCUAGACCCCUCUGGGAUUCCCCAGACCCACCCAGAUCCCCCCGGAAUCCCGAGCUGUGGAGCCCGGAGCCCCCCUGGGACCCCCUGGCUCCCCCCAGACCCUCACGUGACCCCCGACCCUGGAACCCGGACCCCCCCGGAGUCCCCCAGGACACGGAACCGUCACGAUGCUGUUGCUGCCGUCGGCUCUAUCGCAAUGUAGCCCAGCAAGACCCGCUCUGUCGCCACCAGGAGAAAGCGGCCUGCAAAACCACGCCAGCCCACUGGGCCACAAGGACGCAUGUCCCUGUGUUCUCCCGUGUCCCCAUACUUGCUCUCGACGCCACGUCCCACCGCGAUAUUGAGCCGGAUCGUCUCGUUGACUCAUCACGCCGCCCCAUCUCUUCAUCACAUCACACCAUCCCACCACCAGGGCCUGCCGCUCAGCAGCAGCAUGGAGACCCGCCCGCCCCCAUCACCUUGGUGCCGCGAGUCACUGUGGCCCUGGGACGAAGCAUCGGACCACGGAACAUCAUGGGAGCCACCAUAUAA